GGCGUUAGUUAAUCCAACAUGGUAGUUCACUCCACUGUGGAAGCGCCCAAACAUAGGUAUUUUAAGACAUGACAGCUUUUGAAGCCUGUGAUUGCAGGUAUCCUCCAAACUAACAGUAUAGCCGCCCCAGUAAACCGCAAUGACGCAACAACAAAUUCCUCGUCAGUGUCUAUCGUUGCUCGAUAGCAUAAGCGCAGCUGUUGACCGUGCUGUCGCGUUCGGACCCGAGGUCCGAAUGCUGCACGAGUCAUUAAAGGAGCUGCAACCGCUCCUUUCGGAGUUUCAAAACAUCCGAGAUGGAACACAACAAUAUUCGGAUCCUCUUCUGGGAAUCCAAGCAGCCCUCCAGAGCUUCCUAGAGAUCGUUCACCGCUGCAGCACACAGGGCCCUUUGCAAACGCUGCUCACUGCAGAAGACAUGAAUCACCAGCUCGUAAAUGCCGUCCUACGAGUGCAGCGCGAGCUGGGGCCCCUCCAACGCGGCCAACUCCCAACUGUCGUAACCGCUCAGGCCAAACUGCUGUCUCCACAGCUUGGCGCGUCCAGUAUUAGCUUUCAGACGCUGCGGAGGCUGCGUAGCGUGUACUUUGAGCUGCAAGAGGAGGCGGAACGCGUGCGGCUAGGCCUCAGCGAUGCCAGCGCCUUCUCAGACCUGCUGGCCCGCCUCACGCUUGGCUGCCCGGCAGCACUGCUAGCCUCGGACGCAACCUUCCUGGAGCAGCAAGCGGCAGCGGCGCAAGCCAGCCAUCGCCUCGUGCAGGCCCACCUCUUUCACCUCACCAGCACCAUUAUCAGAGACGCAGCUGCUGCUGCUACUUCCGCUGCUACAGCUGUAGGAUCCAGUUCGCGUGCUGUUGAGCCGAGCAGCAACAAUGGUGGCGGCAGCAGCAGCAACAGCCGUGAACCGCAAGCCAGCAGCGGCACCACCACCAACACACCCAAACGGACUUACCAGCAGCAACCUGCAGCCGUCUCCAGCCCGCGGACGGGUGUUACGGAUGCCACCCUUGCGGACCAGCGACCUUCCUCGUCGUCAUCUCCCACCGGCGGUGGCUCUCCCGGUGUCCUAGCGCACCUCAACAGCCCCUCCAUGUCACAGAACGAUCGGGCUGCCGCUCUUGAGGCACUGCGCCACUCCCUGCAAGGACCCGAGCGGGCGCAAACGGCGCAGGCGCUGGCAGAGGCAGGC